GUGGAAGAAUGCAAGCCGUUUGGCGACGAAUCAAAACCACGUGCAUGGAGCAAAUAUGCUAAAGAAAGCAGUGCCUACAAGCGUUUGCAUCCUGAAACUGAGGAAGAGCUUGCUGCAUCGCCAAAAAGCAGCCGUCCACCUUCCAAGAAAGCCAAAAAUGUGCAUGAAUUUCGGGAAGCAACUUCUCAAGGCAUUGUGCCAGCAGCACAGAGUAGCCGGCAUUCUUUGAUCGAUGAACUACUCAGCGACAUAAAAGGCGAUACAUCAUUAUCACUGAUACUACGUGGCCUUGCGAAGUCAGUCAAAGCCAAAAAUAUCAAAGAUUGGCUCAGUCCAAUCAGGCUGAAGGGCGUGAAAAUUGUACGCGAUGAUUCGGAAGCCGCCGCCUUCGUCAGUUUUUUCCAGUUGUCAGAUGCGAAGAAAGCCCUUCGACACAACGGACAAUUCCUUGGCGGCUUCAAGGUGAUUUUGCUCUGA